AUGGGUUACGACAACAAGGACGACGGGAUCACCGUCGCGCCAAACACCCCCGCAUACGAUGUCGGCGUCGCGGAAAAGGGCGUCCUCGAGGCCCCUCAGGAGAAUGAGCUGCAUCGCGCUCUCAAAGCCCGUCACAUUACCAUGAUUGCCAUCGGUGGUGCGAUCGGCACUGGUCUAAUCAUCGGAACUGGAUCUGCUUUGGAAAAGGCUGGUCCUGGCUCGAUCCUCAUUUCCUACGCCUUUAUGGGUUUCAUUGUCUACCUCGUCAUGUGUGGUCUCGGAGAGAUGGCCACUUGGUUGCCCCGUUCUUCUGGUUUCACUGGUUACGCCGUCCGCUUUUGCGAUCCUGCCCUGGGUUUCGCGCUGGGUUACACAUACUGGUUCAAAUACAUUAUCGUCACACCGAAUCAAUUAACAGCAGGCGCACUGGUCAUACAAUACUGGCUGCCGGCCGAUAAGGUGAAUCCGGGCGUGUGGAUCACAGUAUUCCUCGUCCUGAUCGUCUUCAUCAAUUAUUUCGGUGUUGGAUUCUUCGGUGAAUUCGAAUUCUGGCUCUCCUCCUUCAAAGUUGUCGUUAUUGUCGGCUUGAUCCUGCUCUCCUUCAUCCUCAUGCUGGGAGGCGGCCCCGACGACGACCGCAAGGGUUUCCGCUACUGGAAGGAACCCGGCGCCUUCAACACCUACAUUGAUGACGGGGCAGCUGGACGCUUCUACGCCUUUUGGGCGACCAUGGUCUCCGCCACUUUCGCCUAUCUCGGCACCGAGCUGGUUGGUGUGACUGUUGGCGAGGCCCAGAACCCUCGCAAGACGAUCCCGCGCGCCAUCAAGCUGACCUUUUACCGUAUCCUCUUCUUCUACGUCAUCAGUGUCCUCCUCGUCGGUACUCUGGUUCCCUACGACUCUCCAGAGCUCGCCGAGGCGAACGACGCCAGCACCUCCUCCGCCGCCUCCCCCUUCGUCCUCGCCAUCUCCCUCGCGGGCAUCCCUGUCCUGCCUCACAUCCUCAACGCCUGCAUCCUCCUCUUCGUCUUCUCCGCAGCCAACUCUGACCUCUACAUUGCCACCCGAACCAUCUUUGGCCUCGCAAAGGAAGGCAAAGCCCCCAAGAUCCUCGCCACAACCGACCGCCGCGGUGUCCCCUACGUCGCGCUGGCUCUCUGCUCCCUAAUCGCCUGCAUCGCCUACAUGAACGUCUCGAGCAGCUCCAAGACCGUCUUCAAGUACUUUGUCGACCUCGUCACCAUCUUCGGCCUGCUUAGCUGGAUCUCCCUCCUCGUAACGCACAUCUGCUUCGUCAAGGCGCGGCAAGCGCAGCAGGUCCCCAAGAGCGAACUCGCGUACACUGCCCCCUUCGGCGUGUGGGGCUCUUACUUUGCUCUCUUCUGGUGCAUCGUCGUCGCCUUUACCAAGAGCUUCGAUGUCUUUACCGGUGGCGAAUUCAAGUACAAGACCUUCAUCACAUCGUACCUGGGCAUCCCGCUGUACCUGAUUCUCAUUUUCGGGUACAAGUUCACCAUGAAGUCGAAGCGAGUCCUUCCCCAUGAAGCCGAUCUGUACACGGACAAGGACGCCAUUGAUCGCGAGGAGGCGGCAUAUCUCGCGCAGCAGGAGGCGAAGAGGGCUGCUCAGAGCCAGAAUAAGGGCAAGCUGGGGUGGUUCUAUAAGACGUUUGUCUCGUGGCUGUUUUAG